UCUCUCUCUCUCUUCAAGUUUUCGGAGAGCGAAAGGAGGUUCUCUUCUCUGAACUAUUAAGGGGAAGAAUAAAAGGGCAUCUACAUUGACUUGGAUCUAAAAAGAUUCGAUUUUUUGUAUUUUUCCGAGCUGAAUUUCAGGAAUUAUAGCUUCCUUUCCAGUACCCAUUGAAAGAGCACCCCCGUGGGCCGUCGCUGCUCCCUCGCAGAUUCAUGGAGUGAGAAAUCUGAAGGGGAGAACGCUGAUGAUGCAGAUCCGAAUGAAACCCCACGUUGGGUUCUUCCUCCCGGUUGCCCUGCAUCGAUCCCUGUCGUCGCUUCCUCCGAAUCCAGUCGCCUGACCCGUGCAGGUACGCUCAGUGGGACAUUGACCAACUCUCUUGUCCUAAUUUUCCAUCACAAGCUACUAUAUGGGAGCUAGCUAGGCACCAGAGCAGAAGGUGUCUGUUCCGGCCAAUACUACCUCGAUUUGUCAGCUCCUAUUUUAUUGCUUGCUUGAGAGUCUAAUUCAUAUUCGUACAUUAAACUCCCAAACUCUUCCCUCGAUUGCCACAUCAUCAACCAGCAAAGACAUUCAAAACUCAAAGAUGCUCACCAUCUCGGAUGAGAAACUCUUUCACAACUGCCUGCUCGCUCUCUACCUCAUUGGACCGCCCACCUUCAUCUCCCUACGAUACAUCCAAGCCCCUUAUGGCAAGCACCACCGCUCAGGGUGGGGCCCCACCAUCUCCCCAGCCCUUGCUUGGUUCCUCAUGGAAAGCCCCACUCUUUGGCUCACGCUCUUGAUUUUCCCCUUUGGCAAAAACUCCUCCAACGCCAGAUCCCUCAUUCUCAUCUCCCCUUUCCUCUUUCACUACUUUCAUCGAACAAUCAUAUAUCCACUGCGCAUCAGAUCAAGCGGUGGUCAGAGAAGUACUCAACCAAAUGCUGCAAAUCGUUUUCCGGUCACUGUGGCCUUCAUGGCAUUUGGGUUCAAUCUCUUGAAUGCUUACGUGCAAGCCAGGUGGGUGUCUAAUUACGAGAGUGACGGUGCUGCUGGUGGGUGGUGGUUUUGGGGGAGAUUCUUGGUGGGAUUGGUGAUAUUUGUUAGUGGGAUGUAUAUGAACAUGUCAUCGGACAUGGUGUUGGUGGGGUUAAAGAGGGAAGGGAAAGGGUAUCGAGUGCCAAGAGGAGGGUUGUUCGAGUUUGUGAGCUGUCCCAAUUAUUUUGGAGAGAUUGUGGAGUGGCUGGGAUGGGCUGUGAUGACAUGGUCUUGGGCCGGCUUCGGGUUCUUCCUCUACACGUGCGCCAACUUGGUGCCUCGGGCUCGUGCAAACCACAGGUGGUAUUUGGAUAAAUUUGGGGAGGAGUAUCCCAAGAGCAGGAAAGCUGUCAUUCCAUUCUUGUAUUGAUCAAUUCAUAAGGAUGCUUGCAAACAGGGAAAUGAAAAAUAUGGAUGAAACUGGACGUGAUUUGUACCCAACGUUUCUUCUUGUUAGAGCUUUUCCAAGAAAAAUUUGUAAUCCCCCUGAAUAAUGGAGUUACUAUUGAUCAGUGGAUAUUGCUUACUAUGUUGUUCAAUUCUGAAGUAUGAACACCAUUGGUCA